CUUCCUGUGUCCGUGUGAUAUCCCGCCUCUCUCCCGCUUUUUGUUUCAUUUUCACGCUCGUUCUCGUUCUCUCGGUGUGUUUGCCUCGGUGCACGGUAAACCCCGCUUCCAUUUCACCCCCGCGCAGAGGAAUUUCAACCGAGGCAAGAUGCCUGGCCAACUGAAGAGCGAGAAAUCGGAUUCCGGAGACCCAUCCGCUUUAGAGCGAGCCGUGUCGGCCCAGGUAGAGUUCGAACGGAUGACCCAAGAAGUGGUGACCCAGAUCGAGCUGGUGAACAAGAUCUACCUCAUGGAAGAGGUCCCCGAGGAAGAUGAGGAAGACGAGUUCCUCUCCCUGGAGGAGCUCCUGCUGCCGGAUCCGGAGGAACUGCGCCGAGCGCUCGAGUCCAGCGGCUACCACGUGACCUCAGAUGAUCUGGGGUCCCAAGUGAAGCGCUUCCUCCUCGAGGCGGCUUUCCGCGGCCAAGAUCUCGUCGCCAUGGACACUCAGUGACCUCCUGCUCUAGUCCCGAAUUCCCCCCCC